CGUAGUGGAUCUCCAUACGUAAAUAAAGGUAAACGUUUAGAGCGAAAGUAAUUUAAAACCUAAAUCAUGUCGUAACAUUAGUUGUCUCUCCUUCCAUUACCAUCAGGACAUAUUAAUGCUGUUAGCUGGUGAUUUUGAAUAGGUAUAACUGUUUAAGAACAGAUCAUGUACGAGGAAACUGCCAACAUAUUUGAUAACAACAACUCAUCUAGCGCCAUGGAUUUUGGGUCUGUCCAUAACCCCAAACGAAAGAGAAUAGACGACAUAUGUCCGGAACAAACCCCAGAAACAACACCCGUGUACAGGAAACAUUUAAUUCCGAUAAGUCGGAACAGCAGGGUUUACUCUACAACGGAUUGGAAAGACAGUGGUACCGCCAUUUUCUGUCCCGUCACAUGCGAUUUGUUUUUGAAUAUUCAUAAAUAUGACCAGAUCACCACUUCACAGGGAGAUUUCUUUGUUGGAGACGUUCAUGGAAAUUACGAAAAAACUACUUCAGGCAAUGUAGUUCACCUCUGGAAACAUGACAAAGUAGAACGACAGUUUUAUAUUGCCCAAUCACUGCUCUUCGCUGUGCCACAGGAUUUUGUUAUGAUGCAGAAAAUUUUGCAUUCCAUGUGAAGAAUACGUUGAUACCAGAAAGUUCUAAAUGUACGAUAAAUACACCAGGAGGUUCCAAAUCGUUUGAUAUUCCGAAUCAUCCGAUGUGCCAAAAACCACCAAUUUCAUACCAGGAUUCCACAGACAAUACAAGACUUUAUCAUUCCAUGUUGUGCAAUAAAGGCAGAUAAAGGCCUCAUAGCUACUUGUCACCAUGUCUCUUACUUCAUAUUGGAGAUAUAGACAUGGUAACUUAAUUGAAUGUCAAAGUUGUUUUUAUAUUCAUUACAAAACCUCAUUUAAAAUAUAUAAUCAGAGAAUU